GAUUAACAUCGGAAAAUCAAAUGUUUUCAAAUUCAACGGUGAUCCUCAUUCCUCUCUCAUGAUCUCAUUCCUCUCUCAUGAUCCUUCCUUUCGUCUUCUUUUUCAAUCCAUUUUUCCCCUCAUUCUCUCCUCCAUUUUCUUUCAUAUUCUUUUGAUUUCUUCUUUCUCACCGAAGAAGAGAACAAGAGAAGAAAUUGAAAGAAAACAAUGGACCCCUAAAAUCGCUUUAUCGGAAUCGAUUUUCGUCAAAGAUCGCCUAAUUUGUGUCAAAGAUCGAACUUUGAAGAUUGAAUUUAUAGAAGUGGACAUUUGGGGGGUUACGAUCGAUUGAAUUACGAAAUUAGGGCACCCAAUUUUGUGACACUUGCAGAAGUGGCCUUGUUGUGAUUUGGGGGAAGCUGAAAAGGGGGAAAAAGGACUUGAUUCUUGCGAUCGGGUGAGGAAGAAAGGGGGUUCUGUGAAAUUGGGGGGCAAUGGAAAUGGAUAAUAUUUCUUCAACGGAGGGAAAUGAAGAUGAGGAGAUGCAGUCAGCAGUUUCUCGCAGCAAUCAAAAUGCUCAUUCUCAUCAGUGUUCUUCCAAGCCUCUCGGCAGGUUCGUGGCUGGACUGGUGCCAACCAGCGUGCACGAAUUGCUCGAGUGCCCCGUUUGUACGAAUUCGAUGUACCCACCCAUCCAUCAGUGUCCCAAUGGGCACACACUCUGCUCCACUUGCAAGUCGAGGGUGCAUAAUCGCUGCCCUACCUGCAGACAAGAGCUUGGAGAUAUCAGGUGUUUGGCACUAGAGAAGGUCGCGGAGUCACUAGAGCUUCCCUGCAAGUUUUUCUCACUGGGGUGUGCUGAAAUAUUCCCGUAUUACAGCAAACUCAAGCACGAAGCAGUUUGCAACUUCAGACCAUACAGUUGUCCGUAUGCCGGAUCAGAGUGCUCGGUCACAGGAGACACUCCUCACCUGGUUACACAUUUGAGAGACGACCACAAAGUGGACAUGCACACAGGGUGCACCUUCAAUCACCGCUAUGUCAAGUCAAACCCCCGUGAAGUAGAAAAUGCAACGUGGAUGUUAACUGUAUUCCAUUGUUUUGGGCAAUAUUUCUGCCUCCAUUUCGAAGCUUUCCAGCUGGGGAUGGCGCCUGUGUACAUGGCGUUCCUCCGGUUCAUGGGUGAUGAAGCUGAAGCGCGCAACUACAGCUAUAGUUUAGAGGUGGGAGCGAACGGGAGGAAGCUGAUAUGGGAGGGGACGCCGCGGAGCAUUCGGGACAGCCACCGCAAAGUGAGGGAUAGUCACGAUGGGCUGAUCAUCCAACGGAACAUGGCGCUGUUUUUCUCGGGCGGCGACAGGAAGGAGCUUAAGCUUAGAGUUACUGGAAGGAUCUGGGAGGAACAGCAGAACCCUGAUGCUGGGGUCUGCAUACCAAAUCUUUCUACCUAACAAAAUUCAUUCUUUUUUUUCCCUCUUUGGAUUUUGGUUUCUUUGGGUGGUUGUAUAUGUAUGAUAUUAAUGUGCAACUUUGUAAAAAAAAAAAUCAAUUGUGAAAUGACUCUCUCAA